CUAAUUGCUUGUGUGCUAUUUUUUAUAACAGGAAAAUGGUCAGCCAGGCUUGUAUCGUUGGAUGCGGAUUAGGGGUACCUCUGUAUCCCUUCCCACCAGAGGGAGAGAUCGACCGAAAUGUCGUUUUGGCCUAACGGACCGGAAUGGGCGGCGUGAAUGGUUACGGCCAUUGGGUGUGACUGGCCCGACAGCAAAAUUUAUUUUCGCAUGGCAAAGGCAUUUUUCCCACAAGGUGAGAGGGGGACGGAUCCUCUAUAGAUGGGCAGUUCCGGAUAUUAAUUUAAGAGUAUGUUCGCCCCCAGUGACAGUUGACAGGGAAAAUUACUUAGGUAGUAUUAUAGAAGCAGAUAUUUUAGUUGACCGAAACGCACAAUACUCUGUAAUAGAGUUAGGCGUCGAAGAUUUUCAACCGGUACUUGUUUCGCCCAAAGAGGCAGAAAGGGCUUCAACCUCAAAUAUUGUUGAAGAUUCCUUAGAAGAGUCCCUUCCACCCGCUUCACAUGAUGAAGUAAAUUCUUCUUUAGGUCACUUCUUAAAACUUGGGCUAAUAGUAGGCAAACACAAACGGAUAAAUACCUUACUGAUGGGACUCCUAGAAAAAGAAAAUACCGGGAAGAGUUGGAUAGGAACAAUGAGGAGUUAGGAUU